CUUGUGUCUAAGUUCAGAACACAACGCAGAGUGAACGGUCUCUGAUGCUGCAGCGGAGUUUCAACGACAGAAAUCGUCUCUCUUCCUCAAACGUUAGAAACUCUCAAACAUUGAUUUGAUCAUUAAAUUAGGCUUUCUUUGAAGAUUUGAGACAGAUUCAAAGGCAGUUGUUUCUCUGAUUUUCACUUUUGAAGGUCUUCUAGUCAUUUCCUCAAACGGAGCGAGAGAAUGAUGAACUGGGGUCUUCUCUCCGAGAAAAAUGUGUCUGUGCCUCUGAAGAGCAUCUCGGUGGAGGUUCUGGUUCAGGAUCAUGUAGCCACAGUCUCCUCCACUCUGCAGUAUGUGAAUGAGGAAGAGCGCCCCCUGGAGGCCUUGUUCGUCUUCCCUCUGCCUGCUGAUGCUGCUGUCUGCCACUUCAGUGCCAAGAUCGGAGAGCAGGAGAUUGUGGCAGAGGUGCAGGACAGAGAAACCGCGAGGGAUCGGUAUGAUGAUGCUGUGAGUUCGGGUCAGCAGGCGUUUCUGUUGGAAGAGAGCGCAGAGAGUCCUGAUGUGUUCAGACUGAGUGUCGGGUGUCUGUCGGCGGGUCAGAACGCUGCCGUCACCAUCAUCUACGUCACCGAGCUCGCUGUGCAGGCCGACCACUCGCUGCGCUUCUGUCUGCCGGCUGUACUCAACCCCCGAUACACACCAGCAGGUUCAGCUGCUGGUAUAGUCUCAGAGAUUUCAUCAGGAGCUGUUCCCUACACGCUGACUCUCAGUGUUCAUGUGAGCUCUCCAAAGCCCAUCUCCAAACUAGAGUCCAACUGCACUCUGGAUCCUCUAGUGUUCCUCCACUCUGAUCACACUCAGGCUACGGUACUGUGUGACCCUGAU